ACUCACUCACUCGUCACCGAACGUUUCUGUCUCUCUUUCUGUGUGUGUGUGUGUGUGUGUGUGUGUGGUUCAGCGCAUUUGAUACAAGAUAUAGGAAAAUGGGGUCAUGGCGGUGGUCCUCCACCUCUGCCUUUUACCCCAGCUACUGCCGUUGUCAUGCUCCUCUCUCCCUUUAUAAUUUUUCAUUUUCAACACCUUCUUCUUCUACUUCUUUCAAGAUUUCUACUGGAAUUAAGGCUAGGCUUCAGCUUCAACACUACAACAAAAAAACCACCACAAACAACAACGUCAAGAACAGGAAAAACUUCACUGGUUUCAAAGAUAUAAUCGUCAGAUGCACCAGCGACACAUCCAACACUGACUUGGAAGAAAAACAACAAGAACAAGAAGCUGUUGGUUUUGAUUCCGUGAGUACAGGACAGGACAAUAAUAAAGCCGUUGCUGUCUUAGACGAAAAUUCUAAAGAAGAAGAAGGAAUAUUAGAAUUAGUAUGGGAAUGGGCAGUGCUAGUUUCGCCAUUCUUCUUCUGGGGUACAGCUAUGGUGGCCAUGAAAGAAGUGAUUCCAAAGUAUGGCCCUUUCUUCGUUUCCGCCUUUCGUACCAUCCCAGCUGGCUUUCUCUUGAUCGCAUUCGCGGCUUCGCGUGCUCGCCCCUUUCCUUCUGGACUCACCGCUUGGCUUUCCAUCACUCUCUUCGCUCUUGUUGAUGCCGCUUGUUUCCAGGGCUUUCUUGCUGAAGGGUUACAGAAGACAUCGGCUGGUUUGGGUAGCGUGAUAAUUGACUCUCAACCUUUAACAGUGGCAAUACUUGCGUCUUUGUUAUUUGGUGAGUCCAUUGGGUUUGUUGGAGGCGCAGGGCUUGUACUUGGUGUCAUAGGACUUUUACUCCUUGAGGUAUCUGCAAUUUCUUUUGAUAGCAGUAACUUUACGUUGUGGGGAAGUGGGGAGUGGUGGAUGCUUCUUGCAGCUCAGAGCAUGGCAAUUGGCACAGUCAUGGUCCGCUGGGUUUCCAAGUACUCUGAUCCUAUCAUGGCAACUGGCUGGCACAUGGUUAUUGGUGGCCUCCCUCUUGUGACAUUCUCCAUUCUUAAUCAUGAUCCUGCUGUCACUGGGAGUCUGAAGGAGUUCACUGCUAAUGAUGUUUUGGCACUCCUGUAUACUUCCAUUUUUGGAAGUGCUGUAAGCUAUGGUGUAUUUUUCUACAAUGCAACAAAAGGUAGCCUGACAAAGCUGAGCUCCCUUACCUUUCUAACCCCAAUGUUUGCUUCAAUUUUUGGGUUUAUAUAUCUUGGUGAGACCUUCUCACCCUUGCAACUAGUUGGGGCUGUUGUUACUUUGGUUGCAAUAUACAUGGUUAACUAUAGGAAUGUUGUGGAAUGAAGCAUGCCUAUGAUCAAUAUGGGUCAAUUUAAGAUUUGAAUGAAAGGAAUGCAAUGCUCAUCUGAAUGCUGUGGAAUGAAGCAUAUGAUCAAUAUGGGCUGAUUUGACAUUUGAACGAAAGGAAAGAAAUGCUCGUUUGAAGGCUACCUCUUGAUCCUCAUGACUUGGUUUGGAGAUGUUUGUAGUAUGUAUGAAUAUAAACUUGGAUACAUAUUAAAAUGAAUCGAUAUACCAUUCAAGUAGUAAUGCAAACCUGUAAAUAUGGUUCCCAAUUCUUGUCAAUUUCUAAGCUUCAGUGAGGAUUUAAAAGGUUGGAGCUAUUAUCUCAGAGCUAUGGUAUCAUGGUAGAUUGCUUGUGGAAAGCCCAUGUCAGCCCCAAACCCUAAUUAGGGAUUAGUUAUUUCCAGUUUUGUUUUUCCGGAGAAGGAUCAGGGUAUAAUAUGCGCUCAAUUUGUGACAGAAACCAGUAUUGAAAAUCAUUGUGUUGAAAAUGGCUCAAGUCUUUUGUAUUGAUUUGGUGUAUGAUGUCAAUUGGAAGUAAAAUACAUUUUGAGGUUGUU